AUGAUUAUUGUAUUAAUCACUGUCCUGGAGUCCGCUCGGAAAAUCAAUAUCGUCCAGCCACAGUACCAGAGUCUUCCAGUCGAAAUCUUUCACGGAUUCUGGGGGCGUAAUCUUUUUGUCUGGGUCCUCCCACUAUUCCGCGACGGCUAUACCUCCAUCAUCUCCCUGAAUGAUCUGCCAGAUGUUGACUCAACGUUGCUCGGAGACCGGGCGGAGGAGCGUCUGUCACAGGCCUGGUUGAAGUCUCAUGGGAAGUACCGACUGAUCAAAGCCACCUUCCGAGCAUACUAUCGGCCUCUCCUCUCUGCCAUUAUCCCCCGCAUUCUACUAGCUGGCUUCACCUUCUGCCAGCCCUUUCUGCUGUCAGCCACUAUCAAUUGGAUGAGUACUCCGACAACUGCAGAGACCCAGCGAUACGGUCGAGCGUUAGUCGGAGGGUACGCGCUCGUUUAUACGGGUCUUGCUGUCACCACGGCGAUAUAUUAUCGGGAGGCUAGUCGCUUCGCAACCACCGUCCGAUCGGGUUUGAUCGCCAUGAUCCAUGAGCAGACACUGGCACUCCGGAUUACAAACAGCUCCAGUGCUGGGGACGCGGUCACCUUGAUGGGAACUGACACGACACGUAUCGUAUCAAGUAUGCGGUCGCUGCAUGAGCUUUGGGCCUCUCUCUUCUCUGUGGUUAUUGCUAUCUGGCUACUUGAGAUGCAAGUGUAUGUUGCCUGUGUCCUUCCUGCCGUCAUAGCAGUGGGCUGUAUCUUCGCUACUACCCCGCUCUCUGCCAAAUGCGGAGUUGCGCAGAAGAAGUGGGUGGGUCAUAUACAGGAACGUUUGGCAGUAACUACUUCGAUGCUAGGGGAUAUUAAAGCUGUUAAGAUGCUGGGACUAGAAGGUAUUUUGUUUGAUAUCAUUACUCGGUAUCGGAAGACAGAGCUGGAUGCCUCAAAACGGAUGCGAAGGCUUAUCGUGGGAAUUGUCAUGCUAUCGAGUGUUCCCGUGGACUUUGCCCCGUAUACGGUUUUCCUGGUAUAUUCGAUUAUAGCCGCAGCCAAGCACGAUACGCAAAUUCUCACUACGCAGGCAUUCACAACUCUGUCUCUUAUCUCCAUCCUAACAACUCCUCUGAUGGGGUUCAUCCAGUCACUACCCACAAUCACACAAUCUAUCGGCUGCUUUGACAGAAUCCAGAAUUAUUGCAUGCGAGAAAGGUUGAGUGGAGGAUCGCUUUUGGUUGAAAAAGGUUCCUGCAACUUGCAGAGCGGCAACGACAUGGAACUUUCCAAAGUUUCUGUGGCUGUCAAGACCUCUGAGAUUCCGAUAUCCGAAAAUAAAUUCUUGUCAUUCCAGAACGCAUCCAUAUCUUGGACAGCAGAAAGCCCUCCAGUCCUUCAAGAUUUAAGCCUGUCCAUACCUACUGGUAAGAUCGUUAUGAUCGUGGGCUCGGUGGGGUGUGGAAAAUCUGCUUUCUUGGAGACCAUCAUGGGCCAGACUCAGAUUGGAAGUGGCACCAUGCGUCUUACUCCCGCUGGUAUAUCCUAUUGUCCGCAGAGCCCCUGGAUUAUGAACGGCUCCAUCCAGAACAACAUCACCGGAUGGACGGCAUUGGACCAGAAGUGGUAUGAUGUUACUAUCUCGGCAUGUGGACUCGCGGACGACAUCAGCAACUUUCCCCAGGGAAGUAAUUACAUGGCUGGGAGUGGCGGAAUAUCACUUAGUGGAGGACAGAAACAGCGAGUGGCUCUUGCGCGUGCGGUCUAUUCUCGUCUGCCAAAUAUGGUUCUUGACGAUACAUUCAGUGGACUAGACUCGCAAAAUACGCAUCUAGUUGGUGAGCGUCUGUUUGGUCGGGAUGGCAUUUUGCGACGAUCAAGCACAACCGUGGUUCUCGCGACACAUACCCGGUCUCUACUCCCAUAUGCCGACGAAGUUAUUCUGCUUGAAAAUGGUCGGAAAGCCCUGCAGUGCACUUACGAUGAAUUAAUUCACCAAUUUCCCGAGUAUAAAGUCUCCCAACUGGAUAAAAAACUUGACCAAGUACGUGCUCCGGAUGAUGAUCAAGGCCUCAACAAUACUACAGAAGCCUCGCCCCUGUCCAGACAGCCAAGUAGUGGAGACAUCGAUUCCGAAUCCACGGUUAUCAAAGACAACCUGGGGAGGCGGGAUGGUAGCUGGUCCAUCUACAGCUAUUACGCCCGCAAGGCAGGGUUGCUGCAGGUCAGCCUUUUUGUGGCAUUUUUGGUCGUCUAUGGCUUCACCACUCAGUUCUCUUCCAUCUGGUUAGAAUGGUGGUCUGAUGCAAAUGAGACUGAUCCGAAUUCGGAUCUAGGCAAAUACCUUGGUGUCUAUUCGGUCAUUACUCUCCUGGCAAUUGCUUCUCUUGGUGCCGGGUGUUGGAUGUUGAUCAUCGAAAUUGUUGGCAACACUUCGCUUGCUCUGCAUACAGACCUAUUGCAAUCUGUUCUACGCGCCCCCUUUGGUUUCUUCCAGAAAACAGAUACCGGAAGCAUAAUGAACCGUUUUAGUGAAGACAUGCAACUCAUUGACUUUGCAUUCCCGACAACUGCAUUAAACUUUGUUGAAGGCAAGUCUCCACAAAACACACAAGCUCAAGAUCCUUUUCCUAAUACCAUUUAUCUAGCACUGGCUCAAUGCGUAGUUAGCUUGAUCAUUAUCUGUGUUGUAGGCAAAUACAUCACCAUCGCGCUCCCAUUCAUGUUACUCGUGAUCUGGGUUCUCCAACACGGCUAUCUCCGCACCUCCCGUCAAGUUCGCCUCUUGGAUAUCGAAGCCAAGGCACUUCUUUUCUCACAGUUCCAAGAGACUGUGAGCGGGCUGUUAGUGAUCCAAAGCAUGCAGUGGCAGCCACAAUUUCACAAGCAAUGCCUCGCCAAGCUUGACGUCACCCAGAAGCCAUUCUAUAUGAUGAUCUGCAUAAGGCAGGGCCUCAAGCUGGCGCUGGACUUGCUAGUCAUGCUAUUUGCCGUGGUUCUCGUCGCAAUCAUCACCGCACUGAAACAUCAUUUCAGCGCUGGUGGAAUCGGUGUGGCCUUGACUCUUGUCAUCUCCAUCAGUCAGAACCUGAACCUAACUAUUGAGUCGUGGACCCAGAUGGAGAUCUCGCUCGGGGCAGUGGCGCGCCUGCAGGAGUUCAGUACGGACACGCCGACCGAAGCGUCUGAGGGCGUAGAGGCAGGUUGGUUGGCGCGUGCAGAGAUUCGGUUCGAGAAUGUCGACGCCAGAUAUGGUCCCCACGAUUCCACCAUUCUCUCUGGCCUCUCAUUGCACAUCCCCGCUGGGCAAAAGAUUGCCGUCUGUGGCCCUUCCGGCAGCGGCAAGACCUCCCUCAUUAUGUCCCUCUUGCGCAUGUUGGAAGUCACCGAGGGUCGCAUCACCAUCGACGGAGUAGAUAUCUCCACCAUUCAUCCCGCCGCACUCCGCACACAAAUUACGGUUAUCCCACAAGAUCCCUUCUUUCUCCCUGGCACGCUGCGCGACAGCUUCGACCACACGGGUAUAUUGUCGGAAGAGCAGAUUAUCGCAGCGAUUCAAAAAGUGGGACUAUGGGAACCCAUUCGCGAAAAGGGUGGUCUGGAUGCGAACCUCGACGCACUGGAUUGGUCAUACGGCGAAAAGCAGCUGUUGGCACUCGCCCGGGCCUUGACCAGCCCGAGUCCACUUCUCAUCUUGGACGAAGCGACGAGCAACGUAGACUGGGAAACGGAGGUCCGAAUGUUGGAGAUAAUCGAACAGGAAUGUGCGGGACAGACAGUAAUUGCAGUUGUGCAUCGGUUGCGGCAUAUUGAGCGCUUCGAUGGGGUAGCCCUCCUGCGGCAGGGAGCAGUGGUGGAGUUCGAUGCGCCUAACGUCUUGUUGGGGCGUGAUUCGGAAUUUCGUAAGCUAUUUACUGCGUCGCAGAAAUAA